GGCUCGUCUGGUGCACGUGAUAUUGAUGGUAUUGAGAAGGAAGGUGCCUGCCUCAACAACAACAGCCCUGCAACAACCUCAUCUUUCCCCAACAAACCAAAGUUGCAAUCGAAAUGAGCCAAGACAUGUCUGUGCAUGGUGCCGUUCCCAUCAAUUCGAAUCCAGUAACUCGAUUCUUUGAGAAUUUGCAAUCCGCUUUCCUCGAUGAAUUUGAGAAAGACGUGGCGAAUCUAUCCAUCACACUCAAAAAACGACCGACCCAGUUUGAAAUUUCAUCUGGCAAUGAUGGAGCGGAUGAAAUAAUCCUAGCCUUUGGAAAAGAUACGACCCCAAGGCAGAUAACUUACUCGUGGCCAGGAAAAUCUCCACAUGAGGCAUGGAGGUUCAGUUGUAUCCUUAGGGUGCUCUCUCUCAUAUUUGAGGCCGUUCAAGAUAAUUUGUUGAUUUCAAAAAGGAGCAUCUACUAUGACAAUCCUGACCUAUUCGGCUCACAGACAGUCGUGGAUAGCAUUGUUGAUGACAUCUCUUAUACUAUCGGAGUUAACAGGGCUUCUUUGCACGUGAUAUCUGUCGGCAAAGGGUUGAUUGCUGGAGCGGCUCGCAUUACAACAAAAGCCCAGUCCCUUUUUGACAUAUCAGCAGGAGAUGUACUUAUUCCCCGUCUUGCAGAUAUCAAAAGCCUUGAUUUAUCCGAGAUCAAAUGGAUUAUUAUCGUCGAAAAAGAGGCAGCUAACAAACAACAGGCGGUUUUUCGCAGACUCGUCCACAACCGAUUCUACAUGACAUCAACCGCUGGAAAGGGGAUUCUGCUUACGGGAAAGGGGUACCCCGACAUCUGUAGCCGUGAAUUCGUUCAUCUUCUCUCGGACAUCGUGGUACGGAAUCAAAGCUCGAUAAUUCCAGAUAUAAACAUCACAUCUCCAUCACAGAAGCCGCGGUUCUUUGCUUUGGUGGAUGGCGACCCUGAUGGCUUAGCCAUCAUGUCAACAUACAAAUACGGCUCUAUGGCUCAUGCGCACGAGAGUGCUCGUCUCAAUGUCCCAAGCCUAGAAUGGCUUGGGACACGAAUCUCCGACGUUAUUGCCGAAAUGACAAAGUUCGAGAAUGACGACUGGAUGUCUAUGUUAUUAUCUCGAAGGGAUACAAAGAAGAUCCAAACGUUAUUGAGUAACAACCCCGUGUUUGCCGAAGACGGGCCACAACCGGAUUGGAGAGCAGGUCUGCAGAUAAUGAUGAUGUUAAACAUAAAGGUCGAAACUGAAGUCCUGUACGAAGCAAGUGGUAGUUUAGAAAGGUGGAUCGAUUCUAAGAUGAUGUCUUUGUGA